UGACUGCUAAGCUUGCGAGUUACACGACUGUAGUUACCGGCAGACCGGUGUAGUAAUAUUGCGUGAGAUUAUGGGUCUAGACGAAGAAAAAGCGCUUCUUGGAAGCACAAUCGUCUCAGAAAAGGUUGAGGAUUCUGACCCAGAAGAUGAAGGUGAAGAGGUUGAAGAGCCUGCUGGUGACGCAGGAGGUGAUGAUGAUGAUGAUGAAGAUGAGGAGGAGUUAGAGGAUCCAAGGGACAAAAUUCUUGAGAGGUGCACUGAGAGUCCAACAUGUUCCAAAGUUAAACUAGAGCUGGACACCUGUAAUCAGCGUGUUAGCAGCAAAUCAAGCACGGAAGAGACCUGUGUACAAGAAUUGUUUGAUUUUAUGGAGUGCGCAGAUCACUGUGUUGCACAUCAUUUGUUCCAUAAACUGAAGUGACAGCAAUAUUUUUCAAAGUAUUCAGAAUUUUGGUGGAUGUACUGACAUAUUUAGGACUUGAUUUUAAAUGUCCUCAAUUCUUCUGUUUUGCUUUUGUCUCUUGUUGAUACAUAAGUAAUUUUUGGCCAAGGACCAAUCACUGCUGUAUUAACAGUUGUGCACGAGGAAAAUGUUAAUAAAGCACUUUUAUUUUAAACUUGUU